CCACAACCUAAACCUCUGAAGCCUGCAAUUGCACUUCUCCACGUCACGACAGAAUGUUCAGUAACUGGUUUUCUGAGAGAAAUGCUGUACUAGAUGGCAAGAAUGAUGAAGCUGAAGCCAAUGCUAGACUAGGGUCAGCCAAUGCAUCGGUUGGUCCGUACAUUUCGGACUCUUCUGCCCAACGAAAAGCCGCCGUGUCCAUGGAAUCACCACAUGAUGCUGUCAUUGACAAGAUUGAAAAUGAGUUGCGGGAAUUGCACGCUGCAGGGGACCCACAUGUCGACUCCAGUGGUAAUCCUGAUAGCACGAGCCAGCCAGGCGAACUAUCGCAAGCAAGAACGAGAACCAGAGCACUCCCCGAAAAUAUAUACGAUCCAUUUGACGGACAGAGCAUUGGACUCCUAAUUCAUGGCGAGUUCGAGGAAAAGGAAGAUGACCUCUGGACCCACCUUGCUCAAAUUCGCCUUCUGCAGAGCGAUAUUGCCAGAAUGCAUGCGCAAAUGGAAAGGUUAGGGGAGAAUGAGCGAUUUAACAAUGCGGGGCAAGCAACGGAAGACGAGGCAACAAACGUAGAGGAAGAGGCGAAGGCGGCAAAGGCUGCUGAAUUUACUAAACUGUCUAACCGAUUCAAUGUAAGAAAGGAAGCUAUUGAGGCAGUCAUGCAAAAGCUAGAAACAUUGUCCCAUUCAGUUAACGACUUUCACUCCUCACGAGCACCCAUAUUUCGGCCGUUGGCUUCUCAGAAUACAGCUGAAUACAAGAAGAACCUAGGAAAUCCAGCCACAGCCUCCAGUCAGGUGACCGAAAGUGCUCGAUUCACAGAACUGAAUAACAAAAUCCUCUCUGCGUCUGAAGAGAAUGUGUUGAAGGACAGCCCCGAGUCAUUUAGCCACGAUUUACUAGAGCAUGCAGACACAUAA